AUGACCCUCUUCAAAAGACCAUGUAAGUACUCAAAGGUUAACAAGGAAGAUCCAGAAGAGGUGUUUCACCAACGAGCCAAGUUCUUGAUUUACAAAACACUUCAAGAAGUGGACUUGGUGUCUCGCCGUUCUUCUCAUCCGUCAUCGUUUCUACGGAUGAAGCUUUUAAGGUUGAAGGUGGAGAUCGGAAAGAGUUUGACUAAGCUACGUCGGAGCGUAGUAUCCGUCGUAAGUUUUGGCGGAAUUAGAAAGCAUUCUCAAAGCAGUGUGAGAGCCUUGAAGAAGAUGUUCCACGUUGGUGCAACAAAAGGACUACCUAGGCCUAUUUUCACUCUUGAAGUUUGA